AUGGCCACGCAUCAUAGGCAGAAUGCUGCUGGGCGGAGAAAAGUACAGGUUUCUUACGUCAUUCGGGAUGAGGUGGAGAAAUACAACAGAAAUGGGGUGAAUGCCCUCCAACUAGACCCUGCGUUGAAUCGACUCUUCACUGCUGGAAGGGACUCUAUUAUCCGGAUAUGGAGUGUCUACCAGCAUAAACAGGAUCCAUACAUUGCAUCAAUGGAGCAUCAUACAGAUUGGGUCAAUGACAUAGUACUCUGUUGCAAUGGAAAAACAUUGAUAUCUGCUUCCUCGGAUACGACGGUUAAAGUAUGGAAUGCGCAUAAAGGGUUCUGUAUGUCGACGUUACGAACACAUAAAGACUAUGUGAAAGCCUUAGCCUAUGCUAAGGACAAGGAGCUGGUGGCAUCGGCAGGACUUGACCGGCAGAUAUUUCUCUGGGAUGUCAAUACGCUUACAGCACUUACUGCUUCCAACAACACUGUCACCAGUAAGUCGUCGUCUUACUGUUUAGUUUUUCCUAAAUGCUUUCAGUCUUCAUCACUCAGUGGGAACAAGGAUUCAAUCUACAGCCUGGCAAUGAACCAGAUGGGCACAGUGAUAGUGUCUGGAUCGACAGAAAAGGUACUGCGAGUGUGGGAUCCACGAACAUGUGCAAAACUGAUGAAGCUAAAAGGGCACACGGACAAUGUCAAAUCGUUACUUUUGAAUCGAGAUGGAACACAAUGUCUGUCAGGCAGUUCGGAUGGGACAAUUCGUCUAUGGUCCCUUGGUCAACAGCGAUGCAUUGCCACGUACCGUGUGCAUGAUGAAGGCGUUUGGGCACUGCAGGUCAAUGAGGCUUUCACACAUGUCUAUUCUGGAGGUCGAGACAAGAAGAUCUAUUGCACAGACCUGCGCAACCCAGACAUCCGUGUUCUCAUCUGUGAGGAGAAGGCCCCAGUGCUGAAAAUGGAACUGGACAGAUCUGCUGACCCACCUCCUGCUAUCUGGGUCUCCACCACCAAGUCAUCUGUUAAUAAAUGGUCUCUCAAGGGAAUGCACAACUUCAGAUCAUCAGGGGAGUACGAUAAUGACUGCAGCACCCCUUUAACCCCACUGUGCACACAGCCAGAACAAGUCAUCAAGGGAGGUGCCAGUAUUAUACAGUGCCACAUUCUGAAUGAUAAAAGACACAUACUAACCAAAGAUACCAACAACAACGUGGCUUUUUGGGAUGUUUUGAAGGCUUGCAAAGGUGAAGACUUGGGCAAAGUGGAGUUUGAUGAGGAGAUAAAAAAGCGCUUCAAGAUGGUUUACGUGCCAAAUUGGUUCUCAGUUGAUUUGAAAACUGGGAUGCUGACCAUCACUCUGGACGAGAGUGACUGCUUCGCUGCCUGGGUUUCCGCCAAGGACGCAGGGUUCUCAAGCUCUGACGGAUCUGACCCAAAAUUAAACCUGGGUGGACUGCUUCUUCAAGCUUUGCUAGAGUUCUGGCCAAGAACACGCAUCAAUCCAAUGGAUGAGGAAGAAAAUGAAGUAAACCAUGUGAAUGGAGAGCAGGAGAACCGUAUCCAGAAAGGAAAUGGAUAUUUCCAGGUGCCGCCACACACACCUGUUAUCUUCGGAGAAGCAGGGGGCAGAACUCUUUUUAGGUUGCUUUGUAGAGAUUCAGGCGGAGAGACUGAAUCGAUGCUGCUGAACGAGACUGUUCCUCAAUGGGUCAUUGACAUAACUGUAGAUAAAAAUAUGCCCAAGUUCAACAAAAUUCCAUUCUACCUCCAGCCUCAUUCAUCCUCUGGUGCAAAAACUCUGAAGAAGGACCGUCUGUCAGCCAGUGACAUGCUGCAGGUGAGGAAGGUGAUGGAGCAUGUGUACGAAAAGAUCAUCAAUCUGGACAACGAGUCUCAGACCACCAGUUCAUCUGCUAACGAUAAACCCGGGGAGCAGGAAAAGGAAGAAGACAUGGCCAUGCUAGCUGAGGAGAAGAUAGAGUUAAUGUGUCAAGACCAGGUUCUGGAUCCCAACAUGGACCUGCGAACAGUUAAACAUUUUAUUUGGAAAAGUGGCGGGGACUUGACACUUCACUAUAGGCAGAAGUCCACGUGA